AUGUCGUCGUCCGUUGCCGAAAAGAAAGACAACGUCGACAUCCAUCCGGCCCCAUCACUGUCGUCUUCGAGCGACAAGGCCGACAGGACGGCCCCACGUGCCGAUGUCCCGGCCGCUGGCCAAGUGCGAGUCGAUGCCGCCUGGACGUUCCUCGAUCAGCAUCGCGAUGCCGACGGCGUCGCCGCCAUCGACAUCGCCGCCCUGCGCCGCAAGAUUGACUGGCACAUCGUGCCUCUCAUGUUCUGCUGCUACACGAUGCAGUUCCUCGACAAGGUCAUCCUGAACUAUGCCGCCGUCAUGGGAAUCCACAAGGACCUGGGCCUCACCACCAGCGACUUCUCCAACGUCGCCACCUUCCUCUUUGUCGGCCUGCUCUGCUUCGAGAUACCCAACAUCUAUUUUUUGCAAAAGGUACCGGCGGCCAAGUGGCUCGGCUUCAACGUCACUCUCUGGGGCGUCGCCACGGCCUGCGGAGCGGCCGCCACCAACUACCCGACCUUGCUCGUGUCCCGCAUCUUUCUGGGAAUCUUCGAGGCCACCAUCGGUCCCUCUCUGAUGCUCAUCAGCAGUCAGUGGUAUACGAAAUCCGAGCAGGCGCCCCGCUUCUCCUUCUGGUACCUCGGCCUCGGUCUCGGCCAGAUCCUCGGCGGCCUCAUAUCCUUUGGGUUUCAGCACAUCUCCCCCGCCGCCAGCAUGGCCGGCUGGCGCGUCAUGUUCGUCGUCCUCGGCUGUGUCACCGUCGUCAUCGGCCUCUCCGCCUUUCUCUUCCUGCCCGACACCCCGAUGAAGGCCCGCUGGCUCUCCGAUGCCGAGAAGGUUGCCCUCCUCAAGCACGUCAGUGUAAACCAGACCGGCAUCGAGAACAAAAAGUUUCGCGCCAAGGAAAUCCUCGAGGCCAUCCUCGACCCCCAGAUUUGGCUGCUCAUCGCCUCCGUCAUCCUACUUUCCGUCUCCAGCGGCGUCGUCACCACGUAUUCCGCCACGCUCAUCCGGAAUCUCAACUACACUCCCAAACAAGCGGCGCUCAUGAACAUGCCUUCCGGCGCCGUCAGCAUUUUCUUCACCCUCUUGGUCGGAUUCGGCAUCCGUAAGCGGUCGCACCGCUGGGCCUGGAUCAUCGUCUGCAUCAUCCCCGCAAUCAUCGGCGGCGCUCUGAUGUCCUUCUUGAACCCGAGAGCCAACCGGGCUGGCGUUCUGGCUGGCAUCUACCUCGUCAACGCCGUCGUCGCUCCUCUGCCCGUCUUCUACAACUGGACCGUCGCGAACUGCGCAGGAGGUACGAAACGUGCCUUUGCCGCCGCCCUCGUCAGCGGCUCCUUUUCUCUCGGCAACAUCAUCGGACCCCAGACCUUCAGGGCCCAAGACGCUCCCGAUUUCCGCCCUGCCAAGCUGGCCGUCAUGGGCACCCAGGCUGCGUGCGCCGUCACCACCUUCACCCUCUUCCUCUACUACGUCUGGGCCAACAAGCGCCGGAACGACCGUAGCGAGCAGCAGGAGGAAGAGUUCAUGUCUCCCGAGGUCUGGACGAAUAUGACGGACAAGGAGAACAAGCAAUUCCGCUACAGCUACUAG